AUGAAACAUUUCAUAGAAGUUUACAAUUCCUCAACACAUUCUAAAACAGGACAUACACCAAAUUCAAUGACACAACAACAAGAAGAAAAGUAUAUACAAAAGAAACGAAGUCAAACACAAAAUAUCAGAAAUUCAACACAAUUUACUCUCAUUCCUGGUACAAAAGUUUGUGUAGUUCUUGACGACAAACCGUUGACAAAGAAACGUUUAAGGUUAAGUCGAAAUUAUUAUAUCGUAGACUCUACGCAAGGUAAUGGAUAUCUUAUAAAAGCUGCUGACGACUCCAUAGCAUUUUACCCUCGUCAUAAAUUAGUUGAAAGUAGUAAUGGCGAACUUGCUGAAACCAUUGACGAAGCAAAGCGAGGAGUGGUUAUUGAAAUACUUGGCUACAACAUAAACGAUGACACUUAUAAAGUAAGAUAUGAAGGAGGCGUUGAAGAUGUUAUACCAUCUAAGAACUUGAGAGAGUCAAAGCCGACACAUCUGGGACCAUUAGAGCGGGAGUAUUGGAAAGACAAAAAUAUGCCAGAAAGAAUAAGAAAAUUCUUCUAA